CUCUAUAAGGUUUUAACCCCAGUGUUCCAUCAAUUCUCUCUCCUCCACAGAGACGUAUUCAAGCUUCUCUCCCUGCAUCCAUGGCGUCUCUCUUCACAAACCUCAAUGUCACACCCAUCUCCCACUCCUCCACCCCCACCCCAACUCGCUUCCUUCUCCAUUCCUCAGUUCACCCCAAAACCCCAACCCCAUUCGCCUCCAUCCUCUGUUCCUCUGUCACUCGCCCAAACUACAUCCCCAACCGCAUCCCCGACCCCCGCUACGUCCGCAUCUUCGACACCACCCUCCGCGACGGCGAACAGUCCCCCGGUGCCACCAUGACCAGCAAAGAGAAGCUCGACAUCGCCCGCCAGCUCUCCAAGCUCGGUGUCGACAUCAUCGAGGCCGGCUUUCCUGCCUCCUCCAAAGAUGACCUCCAGGCCGUCAAAGUCAUUGCUCAGGAGGUUGGUAAUGCGGUGGAUGAGAAUGGGUAUGUACCUGUGAUUUGUGGUCUCGCGAGGUGUAUUAAGAGGGAUAUUGAUGCGGCUUGGGAGGCUGUGAAGUACGCCAAGAGGCCGAGGAUUCAUACUUUUAUCGCCACGAGCGAAAUUCACAUGGAGUUUAAACUGAAGAAGACGAGGGAAGAGGUGGUCGAGACGGCGCGGAGUAUGGUGAGCUAUGCGAGGAGUUUGGGUUGUGAUGAUGUGGAGUUCAGUCCAGAGGAUGCUGGAAGAUCUGAUAGGGAGUUUCUUUAUCAGAUACUGGGUGAAGUUAUUAAUGCUGGGGCUACAACUCUCAAUAUCCCUGAUACUGUUGGGUAUACUGUGCCCGAUGAAUUUGGACAAUUGAUUGCCGACAUAAAAGCCAACACUCCUGGAAUUGAAAAUGUGAUUAUUUCGACGCACUGCCAAAAUGAUCUUGGGCUGUCUACUGCCAACACAUUAGCGGGGGCAUGUGCAGGUGCAAGACAAGUGGAAGUAACAAUCAAUGGCAUUGGUGAAAGAGCUGGUAAUGCUUCAUUGGAGGAGGUUGUUAUGGCCCUUAAAUGCCGUGGAGAACAAGUGUUAGGAGGACUUUAUACAGGGAUCAAUACAAAACAGAUUGUUAUGUCAAGCAAGAUGGUUGAAGAGUACAGUGGACUGCAUAUGCAACCACACAAGGCCAUUGUCGGGGCUAAUGCUUUUGCUCAUGAAAGUGGUAUCCAUCAGGAUGGAAUGCUUAAACAUAAAAAUACUUACGAGAUUAUAUCUCCUGAAGAUAUUGGGCUUCAACGGUCUAAUGAGUCUGGUAUUGUCCUUGGAAAACUCAGUGGACGCCAUGCUUUGAAAACUCGACUUUCGGAGCUGGGUUAUGAUAUUGAUGGUAAGGAACUCGAUGGUCUCUUCUGGCGUUUCAAAGCUGUAGCUGAAAAGAAAAAGAAUAUUACCGAUGAUGAUCUGAAGGCACUGGUGUCAGAUGUAGUUUUUCAGCCACAAGUUGUUUGGAAGCUUGGAGAUGUUCAAGUUACAUGUGGAACUCUUGGUCUUCCUAUGGCAACUGUUAAACUCAUUGAUGCAGAGGGGGAAGAGCAUAUUGCUUGUGCAAAUGGAACAGGGCCAGUUGAUUCAGCUUACAAGGCUGUUGAUCACAUCGUGAAGGUACCUGUAACUCUUCUUGAGUACUCCAUGAAUGCUGUAACAGAAGGCAUUGAUGCAAUAGCCACCACUCGAGUUUUAAUUCGUGGGGACAACAACCAUACAUCAACAAAUGCUAGUGAAGAAACUGUCCGUCAUACAUUUAGUGGAACUGGGGCAGGAAUGGAUAUUGUUAUCUCCAGUGUCCGAGCUUACAUUAAUGCUUUGAACAAGAUGUUAGGAUUCAGGAACCAACCCGAGUUAAAGGUAAAAGCAGGAAAUUCUCAAGUGUGAAAAUGAAGAAGAGAGUUAAGCAAAUGAUUGUGUAUUGUGUUCUCUGUUGUGGGUGUGCUUCCAUGUUAGGUGUACAAAUGAAAAGAAAGAGGUGGGAGCAUUAUCAUCACUGGUCUUCGCUUUGACUUGUGUUGUUCAUGUAAAUUAUAUUUCCCAACUUCUAGGAGAUAAGAUUCUCUAGGGGUACUUAAAAAAACUGUGCAGUGUGUGAGACUCUGGAACAUCUUUAUAUUUUUUAACUUUGUUCUAUAGUACUGAAGUUACUCUAUUUCAAAUGUUUUUCCGUUUCUGAUA